AUGGAGGGAGAUUCUGUCACUCUGCAUAUUAAUCAUACUGUUACUGAUAGAAGAAGAUAUUAUCGGAGUAUUUUAUGGUGGUAUGGACCUGAAGAUACUCCUAUAGUUAGACUAUUUUGGGAUGAUAAGGGGACAAAUAUUACCUAUUCUGACGAUAAAAUAUUUGAAGACAGACUAGAGAUGGACAAUCAGACUGGAUCUCUGACCAUCAGCAACAUCAAAACCAAACACUCUGGACUUUACCGACUUCGGUUUAGAUACUUAAGAGAAUUAUUCAAUGUUACUGUCUAUGCUCGUCUGCCCAAUCCCACUAUCUCCAGAGACUCUUUAAACUCUUCAUCGUCUAGUUGUUCAGUGUUGUGUUCAGUGUUGAAUGUGAGUGCUGUGAGUCUCUCCUGGUAUAAAGGAAACAGUUUAUUGUCCAGCAUUAGUGUGUCUAAUCUCAGCGUCAGUCUCUCUCUACAUCUGGAGGUUGAACAUCAGGAUAAAAACACCUAUAGUUGUGUGCUGAACAAUUCCUUCACUAACCGAACUGAACAUCUGAACAUCACUCAGAUAUGUCAAGACUCGAUUCACUGUUGUGGUUUCACUGAUGUUGUAAUCCGAUUGGUCAUCUCUGCUGUGGUGGGCGUGGCUACUGUUGCCAUAGUGGUUUAUGACAGCUAA